AUGACAGAACUUUCAAACCAUGAUUCUUCAACAAGAAAGCGUAGUCUUCGGUCGACAAAGUGUGCGCCGGAUUCGAAUAAUCCACAAGUCACUUCAAUAAGUGAACCAAUACCAUUACUUGAGGAAUAUGGUUAUGCGAAAUGUAAACCACUAACAUAUGUAAUGUUCGCUGGGGGUCUUGGUGGUUCGACUGCCGAUUUUUUGAUGCAUAGUAUUGAUACAGUAAAAACUCGAUUGCAAGGUCAAAAACCAGCCAAACCCCCAAAAUAUCAAAAUAUGAUGCAUGCUUAUACUACGAUUGUAAAGCAAGAAGGUAUAAUGCGUGGAUUGUAUGGUGGUGUUGUUCCUGCGAUGUUAGGUUCAGUACCAGCUACUACAAUAUAUUUUGGAACGUAUGAAUUUGUGAAACGUAAUAUAAUUGGAUUAAAAACUGGAGUUCCUGACACAGUUGCGCAUUUAGCUGCUGGAUCUAUUGGUGACUUUAUGGCAUCUGUUGUAUAUGUGCCUUCCGAGGUGUUGAAAACACGAUUGCAAUUACAAGGACGAUAUAACAAUCCACAUUUUGUUAGUGGUUAUAAUUAUAAAAAUACUUGGCACGCUGCGCAGAUGGUUUAUAAAUUGGAAGGACCAGGUGCAUUUUAUCAUGGAUAUAAAGCAACGCUAUUAAGAGAUGUACCAUUUUCAGCGUUGCAAUUUGCAUUUUAUGAAAAAUUUAAAUUAUGGGCAAAGAUGUACAAAAAUAGCAAUUAUUUAAGUUUACAUUGGGAGAUUGCUACAGGAGCUUUGGCAGGUGGAUUAGCGGGUGCAUUAACAACGCCAUUGGAUGUAAUUAAAACAUUAUUACAAACACAAAUCAAAAAACCUUCAGCAAUAAAACAACCCUCAUCUACACCUUCAGCUGCACAAAAACCACCACAUUAUUAUUAUACAGGAAUAUGGGAAGGAAUGUUAUGGAACUAUAGACAUCAGGGGAUUGGAGGGUUAUUUAGAGGAAUCGGACCACGUGUAGCAUGGACUGCUAUGCAAAGCGGUUUAAUGUUUGUUAUUUAUGAACAAGUUCUCGAAUUACUGGACAAAGUUACGAGUUGGAGAAAAGGUGAAGAAAACACAGAACAAUAA